GGCCCAAGAAAAUAAGGAGGAACAUCAAGCGACUCCGGCUUCUUCUGAGAUACAAGGAUGCCAAACUGGGGAGGUGGAGCCAAAUGUGGUGCCUGUGAUAAGACCGUGUACCAUGCUGAGGAGAUCCAGUGCAAUGGAAGGAGUUUUCACAAGACAUGCUUCCUCUGCAUGGCUUGCAGAAAAGGUCUGGACAGCACCACAGUAGCAGCUCACGAAUCUGAAAUCUACUGCAAAACUUGCUACGGGAGGAAAUAUGGUCCCAAGGGAAUUGGCUUUGGGCAAGGGGCAGGAUGUCUCAGCACGGAUACUGGUGACCAUCUGGGCUUGAAUCUGCAACAGGGGUCACCAAAGUCUGCUCGGGCUUCUACACCAACUAAUCCUUCCAAGUUUGCCAAAAAGGUGGUAGAUGUCGACAAAUGUCCCCGCUGUGGCAAAUCUGUGUAUGCUGCAGAGAAGAUCAUGGGAGGAGGAAAACCUUGGCACAAGACCUGCUUCCGCUGUGCUAUUUGUGGAAAGAGCUUAGAAUCUACAAAUGUUACAGACAAAGAUGGAGAGCUCUACUGUAAAGUUUGCUAUGCAAAAAAUUUUGGUCCCAAAGGAAUUGGGUUUGGUGGCCUCACUCAAGCGGAAAAGAAAGAGGAGUGUGAAUGAGAAGAAAUGGGUGCAACAGACUCAAACUGCUGGUGAUGCCACCAAGUGACAGUUGUCAAGUAAAGCACCAAACAUCACACAUUGCUACGACCUUAGGGCAUUUGUUUAGUAUUUUCCACCUUGCAGGAAAAACUUGUGAGCUUUUAUCUUAAGAUAUUCUUAGAAUCGCUUAAAAUGGCACAGUGAUAAAACUAGAUUUGUAUUUGCUUUACAGUAAGACAAAAAACCCUCAUGGAACGUUACUGCUUCUUAAACUAGUAUUUACCACAGUUUAGACUGGACGUGUGAAGACUCAGCAUUCUGUCCUGUUAAGACAGGGACACCUUCUGGAGCACGAGGGUCAGAGUGUUCCAAUUCAGGCUGUACUUUUCUUUGCUCAGGAUGUUGUGCUGCCUGUAUUCCCAAAAUUUCCCAGUGGCAUUUUGACAUCUUGUGUGACAGCAGAGAUGUUAUUCACUUUGAGAGAAUUAAAAAGGGUUUGAAAUUCUCUCUCAAGGGGAGAAACUUCUGAAGGAAAAACAACAUUUUAUUAGGAGACAGUGUUAUAAGUUUUGUAAUUGUAUGUCUUCAAGCUACAAUAAAGUAC